CAGGUGAGAUCAAUGUUCGGCAACAACGACAAUACAACAUCAGACCUCAUGUUACCAAUUCUCCUCGACAUGGCAAACCUCAUCCGGCGAGCCGUUCGUUCAGGCAAAGAGCCACGUGAAGUUAAACAACCACUCCAACUACCACAAGCACAAUUACUACGACGCUCAUUCACUGAAGACACCUACCUAGAUGACGAACCAUUCGACACAGGAAUCAACACAGUAAAUACUGUCACAACUACUAAAGCACCCAGAACUAGAAGACCCUUGCGUACACCCUACAGAAAGACACAAGACAAAGUGACUGCACACAACACUACAGACUCAAAAGUCACUAAUGAUACUGCAAAUAUUGAAAACGAUAUUAAAAACCUCACCCGGACAACAACAUCAUCAUCAACUACAGAAGCAUCAACAACGAGAAAGGCCAUUUCGGCAAGAAUAUCAACCGACAACAGCACAUUGGAUUUAGCUGCCGAUAGCACUAACACCACACUUGCGCAGGACUUGCCGGUCGCUGAGAAGCUGAGGGCUUUCAAUCGGUUCAUAGAUCGCAAAGGAAACCUGAUUCGUCGCGGCACCUAUCCACCCAAGCCGUCAUCAUCGUUGCGCCGUACUACGGCAGAACCAACUCUCAGUCCUGUGAUCACUAGAAGACGACCUCCACCGGCUAGGAAAUUGCCCGCAACUGUUGCUGACCAGGGAAAUUGCGAGUUGUUUACAAACACACUGUGUUUGCAUUCUGAAGAUUAUCCUACAGACGCAAUUAUCCAAUCAAUAAGACGUAACAAGGCUGCAGUUGGAGCUCUAUUGGCUGACUUCAAGGACCCUGGUGAGGGAGCACUGGAUGGUGUCACAGCGGCACAAGAAGCCAAAUACACUGCUGAUCAUUAUCUCACUUCCAACAGGCGUGGUGACACAGCGAACCGUGACUUCGCGAGCGCAGGCGAAGCAGGCUUUAUGUGCCCGAGCACUGUGAAAUACGCUCGGCCGCAGCGGGCAAGGGCCACAUCGGGGCAGUGGAAAUACAUUGUUAAUACUGGAGAGCACACGCAAACGCUGAGACUUGAGAAGUGUUUGAAACCAAAAGAAUCUUGUACAUACUUGACUGACAACUUUAAGUCCAAAUGUGUUCAAGUCUAUAAUUAUCACAGACUAUUGACUUGGGACCAACAGAAUGGAUUGCACAUGGAUAUUUUCAAGGUGCCGACUUGUUGUUCCUGUCAUAUCGAAGGAUAUAGCGUGUCGUUCCCACCACUGGGUCACAGAGUACACGAAACAUCCAAUGAAAACUUCCCCGGAGAAGAUCUCUCUGCCGAACAUGGAAAUGGAGCAUUCGAACAAGUGCAGCCUUCGGUUUCCCGACCUACUAAAACAUCACCUUUCAGCCAAAAGAAACCCAUUGAAUCAUUUCCACCAUUCUCUGACAGCCACAACUUGUUAACUGGAUCCCCAUUCGUUCACACCAAACUACCAGAGAACGAUGAAUUAAGUCAUUUAGCUCCAUCAAGUCCUAUGGAUUCCUACGGUAACUCCUAUAUAACUGACUCCUUCAACCAAGCUUCUUCUAUACGAAAUGUUAAGAGACCCGGCUUGAGAAAUCCAAUAGGAGCUGCAGCAAAUAGUUUCGACUCUGCCACAAUAUCUGCAACACUAUCGAGUUACCUCGAGCCGCCGACGCCAUCUGCUCCUGCAUUUUCCUUUGCCAAAGACACUAAGUUGAAACUUGGGGCACCGUUCAAGAGAGGAGUAGUCAGAAAUCGUAAUCGGCCAAUUAGAAAAAAAAUAAGUGGCCCAGAUGACUUAACCUCCUCGGGAACAUCAGCUGUUGAGAAUCUCGAGACUUUAGAAGAUUUCAAUGACGACUUAGAAGAGGAAAUAAAGCCUAAUGUUAAUAUUAAUACUGGAAAACGAGCUACAAUAACUACAAAACUAACAGCGACGACGGAUAAAGCCUCAACAUCUAGACCAAAUGAACAUAAAGCUGUUAGAGAAACCAUUGGAUCUAGUGGGAAAAGGGUAAACUACAACUACCAUCCUAUCAUAGACUUCUUUGAAGAGGACGACAAGGAAGCAAACGAGUCCAUAGAUAGAGAAGACAGUGUUCCUACGUAUGUGCCGGUUACAGAGAAUGAAUGGAAACCUAUGAAUAACCCACCGUCCCGAUUACAAACCACCAGUUUAAUUGGAAGAAAGAAACAUAAAUGAAUGAGUCAAUAUUACGCAAUCUGAACGUAAUGUAUUUAAAACUAUUCAUUAUACUUGAGCUCUUAAUGUGGAUAAAUUAUAACUAACUAGAACGCAUUGUAAACUUAGCAACUAAGUGAAAGGAGUAAAGGAACUUUGCUACUUAUUUUAUAGCUUUAAGUAGGUAUGCAAUAUUAAUGUUUUAAACGAAACCAAAUCGAAAUUGCAAUUUAGAUUACU